AUGUCUAACGCAGGGCAGCGGUCUCUGGAACGGGAAGGCUGUGGGAAAUGCCCUCGCCUAUUCUGGGUGGUUUUGCCCCACGCCUGCCUGAUCCUCUCCUUGGCGCUGUACAGCGUGGUCGGGGCUUUUAUCUUUCAAUACUUUGAAAAAGACAGCGGAAAGAAUGACUCGGAAUUUAAAGAAAUUUUAAUGCAGCUCUGGAACAUCUCGCAGACCUCCUGCCCCGGGAGAGGUGAAGCGUUACAGAAGGAUGAGUUUCUGAACUCCACGCGCGAUCUGAUCUCUCAUAAGGUUAAAGUGGAAUGGCUGAAGCAGCCGGGACUCGAGUGGAAUUUCCUCACAUCUCUUUUCUUCUGCUGCACGGUGUUCACGACGGUCGGGUACGGCCACCUAUAUCCGGACACAAGGAACGGGAAAAUCGCUUGCAUCAUCUACGCCACGUUUGGAAUUCCUCUAAUGCUGCUGCUUUUAACCGACCUGGGGGAUAUUCUGGCCGGCCUCCUGUCUUCGGCUUAUAAAAACGGAAUCACGUUCUGGAGCGGGUUCUGUUCCAAACCGGAGUCCAAGGUGUCUGCGUUACUCUCCAGGAAAAGCUGUUCCGGAAAGUCAAGCUUAGAGUCCACGCUGGACAGCCGAGUGUCCAUGAAGGAGCCUUUGAACCUCACCGAUGUUUUAAAGAAAGAAGCCGCGGUGAAGACAAAAUACCAGCAGAUGCGGAACAUUAAUAUUUUUGAACAGAUUAUUAUCAAAGAGCAUUUCGAGAGAGAACAGUUAAAAUGCAGCAGUUUCCAGAAAUCGCUUUCCUGCCCCCAACUAGAGCAGGCGUCGGCGGGCGACUCCGCCAUUAAGGACUUGGAUAAGCUCGGGGCGGAACUGGAGCAGCUGGAUGUGCCCAUCUCGCUCAUCGCCCUCGUGUUGAUGACGUACAUCAUGUUCGGGGCCUUGGUCCUUCCUUUGUGGGAAAAAGAAUGGACGACGUUGGAUGCCUUUUACUUCUGCUUCAUCACCUUGACUACCAUUGGCUUUGGUGACGUCAUCCCCCAGCAUCCCAACUACUUCCUGCUGCUCUCCGUUUAUAUCGUGGUCGGAAUGGCCAUCAUGACCAUGGCCUUUAAACUCUUACAGAACCGCAUGGUCUGCUUGUAUAAGCAUUGCAUGGCUUGCAUCAGCCACGGUCAGAAAUGAUUCCACAGAGAAAUGGCAAAAGUAGUCAUUUCUUCCCUGGGGAACGCCUUGAACAGACUGCCGGCCUACACUGGGGUGUUUGUGAGAUGGGUCAUCGCCUCGUAUGCCACAAGAAUGGCAUCAAAUGGAACUAUUCCUCCC